AAAUAACAGAAAGAUCUCACAGUCGAGAAAGAAAAUAUAUCCAGUCGAAGAGUCCACCUGAACCUACCGUUUAAUUUAAGCGCGAUGCCAGAUUCAACACUUGCACUGCUGUGUGUCCUGGGACUCCUGGCAGUCUCCUCGGCAUGCUACAUUCAGAACUGCCCAAGAGGGGGGAAACGCUCCUUUUCCGAGUCCGCCACACGGAAGUGCCUGUCUUGUGGUCCUGGUGAAGGGGGACGCUGCUUUGGCCCCAGUAUCUGCUGUGGUGAGGGGAUUGGCUGCUUUGUGGGCUCCCCUGAAGCGGCACGUUGCGUGGAGGAGAACUACCUGCCUUCUCUCUGUGAAACCGGAGGAAGAACAUGUGGCUCUGAGGAAGGACGCUGCGGAUCGGAAGGGAUCUGCUGUGACUCGGACGGCUGUGUGCUGGACCCAGACUGUCUCGAUGAAAGCAAACGUCGUCCGGUCAGCGAGCAGAACGCGACACUGAUGGGUAGCCCCGCAGACUUGCUACUGCGGAUGCUGCAUGGCACCAGCAGGCGGCGAAUUUAGUAACAGACAUGUAGUCCCAAGCCAUAUUUGUCAAACCAAGUACUGCAAAAUCAAAUGUACUCUUAACCCUAUCACAAGACUGCAAAAGAGAGCUUGCUACAUGAAGUGAAAUGAGCCCUACAUUGUUUACUUUUCGCUGUUUUAAUAUGUAAUUUCUAAUGCUUCAAUUCAAAUAUGCAUUGUACAACCCAGACGUGGAAGUAAAAUAGAAAUUAAGCAAUUAAAUGUUUUUUUGCACUGUUAAGAUGUGUAUCAUUUGGCUUUCCAUGUUACCAAAUUAGUUUUUAAUGAUAAGCCAGCACAAAGCCAUUGAUUCCAAAAUUAAAUUAAAAUAAUUUCUUUAACAAUACAACCUUGAAACUGGCUAAACAAAACAGACUUAAGUCAAUCAGGUAAAAAGGAAUUUCUCCUUCAGCGAAGAUAAAAUGCAAGCCCAUCUUAAUAAUUACUUUCACUUGGCAAGGUUCCAUUUAAAUACAUUUUCUAAAAUGUUCUCAAAUCAGUUCAGUCUAGUAACACAUAUGUAAGUACAGCAGAAAUAAAUGAUUGGUAAAACAACAAAACCACCCUAAAGCAAACCAUCUCAUGUGGUGACAGAUUAUGUAGUCAUUCUCACUGACAUGCUUGAACAUGAACAUUAGAUUCUACACAAUAACCAAACGCACUUUGUUUUUUUCCCCUCAAAAUGAA